CGCUCCCGCCUCCCGGACCCCCGCCCGGGCCUGCGCGUUGCGGGCGGGCGCCGACCCCCGGGGUUCCAGGCAGAAGGAGGAGGGGGCAGGCCGGGGAGGCUACGCGCGACACCUCGGGGUGCCCGCCCACGCCUUCUCCGCCGCAGCAACAGUGGCUGGGCCCCGGCCGCCCCCGGGACACACCCAUCCAGGAGGGGCUGUCACCGUCUGGGUCUCUGCAGGAGGCGGAGAGUCUGGACGCCACCUGCGGGGCGGGAGGCGCUCGGCCGUCGCCCCAGGAGCCCGCUUUGUGACCUUGGGGGCCUUGUCUGGGCUUUACCCUUAUCUGCAGAAGAAGCCCCCGUGGGCUACUCGGCCGUCUUCUGCUGCUGGCAGGAAGGAGCCUGACCUGCCGGCUUCCUGGCGCCUGUGUCUCCUCCCAGCCCUGUCAUGCCUUACAAGUGCCUUUAGCCUGUCUGUGCUGAGAGCUCUUUGCGUUCCCUGCUGGCCUGGUUCAUGUGUGUUGAGGACGAGGCCGUGCGGAGGCUCGCUCCCAGGGAGGAUGGCGGCACUCCACACGACUCCUGACUCCCCAGCUGCCCAGCUGGAGCGGGCAGAGGAUGGGUCAGAGUGUGACCUUGACCAGGAGGAAGAGGAGGAAGAGGAGGAAAAGGGGAAAGAGGCACAGGAGGUAGAAGAGGAGGAGGAGGAGAUAGUGGUGGAAGAGGAGGAGGAGGCUGUGACAGAGGUGGUGGAGGACUCGCAGGUGGAGGAGGACGCGCAGGUGGAGGAGGUGGCCGAGGUGGAGGUGGAGGCGGACGUGGAGGAGGAGGAGGAGGACGUGGAGGAGGUGCUGACAGAGGAGCAGCAGCCAACGUUGGGGACCCAGGAACGACUUAGCCAUGGUGGUGAUGCCAAGUCCCCAGCUCUGCAGGAAAAGGGCCUGCAGGCCUCCCGGGUUCCAGUCACUCCUAGGGAUGAGGACCUGGAGGAGGAGGAGGAGGAGGAGGAGGAGGAUGAGGACGAGGACGAGGAUGAUUUACUGAUGGCUGGGUCUCAGGGGCUGGUGACCUUUGAAGAUGUGGCUGUGUACUUCUCCCUGGAAGAGUGGGAGAGGCUGGAGGCAGACCAGCGGGGCCUCUACCAGGAAGUCAUGCAGGAGAACUAUGGGAUUCUAGUGUCCUUGGGAUACCCAAUCCCCAAGCCCGAUUUGAUCUUCCGACUGGAGCAAGGGGAAGAACCUUGGGUCCCAGAUAGCCCCCGACCUGAGGAAGGAGACAUCGUCACCGGUGUCUACACAGGAGCCUGGUUCUGGACGGAUGACAUAGAGGACCACGAGGAGGAAGACGACGAGGACUUCCUGGCGGAGGUGGCUGAGGAGGAGAACGAGCCCCCGGGACUUUGGUCUGCUGCCUACGGCGUGGGGGACGUGCCUGGGACGUGGGGCCCCGACGACUCGGAUUCGGCGCAGACUCCGGAGGGGUGGGGACCUGACCCAGGCGGCCUCGGAGUCCUGGCCGACGGCUCCGAAGCAAAGCCUUUCCUGCCUGGCCGGGAGCAGGGAGCGAACCUGCUGUCGCCCUGGGCGUUCCCGGCCACGGUGGACACGCCGGCCGGUCGGCCCGAGACCACGUGCGAUGUGUGCGGCAAGGUCUUCCCGCACCGCUCGCGGCUGGCCAAGCACCAGCGCUACCACGCGGCCGUCAAGCCCUUCGGCUGUGAGGAGUGCGGUAAGGGCUUCGUGUACCGCUCGCACCUGGCCAUCCACCAGCGCACGCACACUGGCGAGAAGCCCUUUCCGUGCCCGGACUGCGGCAAGCGCUUCGUCUACAAGUCGCACCUGGUGACGCACCGACGCAUUCACACUGGCGAGCGGCCGUACCGCUGCGCCUUCUGUGGCGCGGGCUUCGGGCGACGCUCCUACCUGGUCACACACCAGCGCACGCACACGGGCGAGCGGCCCUACCUGUGUCCGCACUGCGGCCGCAGCUUCAGCCAGAGCUCGGCGCUCGCGCGGCACCAGGCGGUGCACACCGCUGACCGCCCGCACUGCUGUCCCGACUGCGGCCAGGCCUUCCGCCUGCGCGCCGACUUCCAGCGCCACCGGCGCGGCGGGGCCUGCGCGGAGCCGGGUGGCGACGGCCCCCGGCGGGAACCCAGCGAGACCGCGGCCGCCGCAGUGCCGGAGGACACUGAACCCGGGCCUGAGGGGCCGGAGCGGCCUGAAGCCGGCGAGGCAGACGGAGAGGUGGAGGCCGCAGCCCAUGGGAGAGAGGAGGCGGUGGUGGUGGCGCCCAACCCCACCCCUAGCGGCAAGGCAGACCCGGCACCGGACAGGCGCUUCCUGGAGCUUGGCAACGGCCUGGAGGAGGGCGAAGGCCCCUCCUCCCACCCGCUGGGCUUCCAUUUCCCGGUGCACCCAAAGUCCUGGUUACACCCGGACGGCUUCCCGAUCCUGGGCCUGCCUGACUUCGGAGAGCGGCUGCCGGUCGACGGGCGUCCGCUCCCGGCGCCCCUGGGGGGUCCGCUCUCCCUGGUGGAGGGCACCGGGCUGGCCUGCGAUCCUUUCGGCAGCGGGGCCGGUGUCGGCGGAGGUGGCCUGCGCGCGUUCGGGCCCGCUGUCGGGGGACUGCUGGCCGAGCCUGCGCCGGCCGCGCUGGCGGAGGAGGAGAGCCCGUGGAUCUGUUCAGACUGCGGCAAGACGUUCGGGCGCCGCGCGGCGCUGGCCAAGCACCAGCGCUACCACGCGGGCGAGCGGCCUCACCGGUGCGCCGACUGCGGCAAGAGCUUCGUAUACGGCUCGCACCUUGCGCGCCACCGGCGCACGCACACCGGCGAGCGGCCCUUCCCUUGCCCCGAGUGCGGUGCGCGCUUCGCCCGCGGCUCGCACCUGGCGGCGCACGUGCGCGGCCACACCGGCGAGAAGCCGUUUGUGUGCGGCGUCUGCGGCGCGGGCUUCAGCCGCCGCGCACACCUGACGGCGCACGGACGCGCGCACACUGGAGAGCGGCCCUACGCGUGUGGCGAGUGCGGCCGGCGCUUUGGGCAGAGCGCGGCGCUGACCCGGCACCAGUGGGCGCACGCGGAGGAGAAGCCGCACCGCUGCCCCGACUGCGGCAAGGGCUUCGGCCACAGCUCGGACUUCAAGCGGCACCGGCGCACGCAUACGGGCGAGAAGCCCUUCCGAUGCGCCGACUGCGGCCGCGGCUUCGCGCAGCGCUCCAACCUGGCCAAGCACCGGCGCGGCCACACUGGCGAGCGCCCCUUCCCGUGCCCCGAGUGCGGCAAACGCUUCUCGCAGCGCUCGGUGCUGGUCACGCAUCAGCGCACGCACACGGGCGAGCGGCCCUACGCCUGCGCCAACUGCGGUCGCCGCUUCUCGCAGAGCUCGCACCUGCUCACCCACAUGAAGACGCACCGCGGCGCCGCUGCCGCACCGGGCUCGGGUUCAGCCCCGGCCCCCGCGUCCAAGCCCGAGGCGCCGGCCAAAGGGCCGCCCAGCGCCGGCCCGGGGGAGCGCGGCAGCGCCCUGCUGGAGUUCGCGGGCGGCACGAGCUUCGGCUCAGAGCAUCAGGCCGCGUUCGCCGGGCCUUCGGGCGCCUACCGGGAGGGCGUCCUGUGAGGGGUCCGGGGCCAACAGCAGCGCAGCCCUCCGGGCCACCGGCCCCUCCCCUGGACCGCCGGCCCCUUGCUUCUCAGGCCCGGGGGGCUGAGGGUCCCAGUCCUGGGUGCCGUGCCUUCCCUCAGCCCCCGCCCCGCGGCCCCGGGUUUCCCGCCCGCCGGGUCCCUGAGCUCGGCCAGAGACCUGAAGAGCGCUGGGGAGAAGAGCAGUGCAGAGGCAGCGAGGCCGGGGCGCCACCCCCAUGGAGACUGCGAUAUACCCUGGGUGGGCCUGGGCUGUGAAGCAGGGCGGUCGCUGGUGGGCGAUGCUAUUUAUUUCACUCAGAUUCCGACUUAGGUGGCUGGGGGAGGAAGGGAAUUGUGUGUUGGUAAUCGGGUGUGGCGGCGAGGGAGGGGAAGCCCUUGAGCCACAGGAGGGUGGGGCCCGGCCACCCACGUGGGCCAGCGGGAUGCCUGGGAGGCCGGUGGGUUUGGCUGACCACUUCUUCCCAUUCCUUAGUGGGAGAC